AUGGGAGUGGUACCUGAUCCUACACCGCAAGAGCUGGUCAAAGUAGCGGAAGAUAUCGAUCCCAAUGUGGUCGAUUGGGACGGCCCUGACGAUCCAGCAAAUCCACUCAACUGGUCAAGAUCAUUGCGGAUCGGACAUGUCGUGCUGGUCAGCAUCCUGACACUGAUCUCAAAUAUCUCAGCAACGAUGUUUGCACCUGGAUCAAGUCUACUGGUGACCGAAUUCGGUAUCACCUCCAGCGUGGUUGGAUCCCUCACCGUGACGAUUUACCUUCUAGGCUUUGCUUUUGGACCUCUAUUCCUUGCGCCAUUGUCUGAACUGUACGGCCGACUGCCAAUAUACUAUGGUUCCACCCUCGGAUAUAUCGCCUUCACCCUUGGCUGCGCGUUGUCUAGAAACACGGGAAUGUUUCUGGUCUUCCGCUUCAUCUCCGGAUGUGCUGGUUCGUCCGCUUUAACUAUCGGAGGAGGCACCAUCGCCGAUGUUAUGCCACAGGAGAAAAGAGGACAGGCGAUGUCAAUGUUCGCCAUAGGUCCACUCCUCGGCCCGGUGAUUGGGCCAAUCAUAGGGGGUUUCGUAUCCCAAAACAUUGGAUGGAGAUGGGUCUUUUGGUUGCUCACCAUCAGCAUGGGAUUGGUCGCCAUUCCGAUGGUAAUCAUCAUGCGAGAGACAUUCGGGCAUGUCUUGCUCGCCCGGAAAGCAGCCCAGUUGAGGAAAGAAACAGGCAACGAAAAGCUACGGUCCAAAUUCGACAGCGGUCUUUCUGUGUCGGGAACCUUCAAGCGUAGUAUUAUCCGUCCCUUGCGUAUGCUGUUCCUGUCCCCCAUUGUAUCUCUGAUAAGUUUAUAUAUGUCUUUUGCGUUCGGUCUCAUGUUUUUGUUAUUCACAACGUUCCCAGCUGUCUUUGGGGAGGCAUACCACUUUUCGACGGGAGUAUCUGGACUUUCAUAUCUCGGGCUCGGCCUCGGCUUGGGAUUCGGUCUGUUUCUGUUUAGUUCAACAUCGGACAGGUUACUCAAAAGGUUAGCGAAGGGAGGAGAGCUGAAGCCAGAGUACCGAUUACCUCUGAUGGUAUAUUUGUCUCCAGCGAUGCCUAUUGGGUUUUUUUGGUACGGUUGGAGUGCUCACGCCCAGGUGCAUUGGAUCGUCCCUAUUAUCGGGACAAGUGUCAUUGGGAUAGGAUCACUUGCCAUUUUUAUGCCCGCUCAAUUGUAUCUAAUCGACGCAUUUGGCCCAUAUGCCGCUUCCAGUUUAGCAGCUUCGAUUGUCGUUCGGUGUGUGUUUGGAGCCUUUCUUCCACUCGCCGGACCUUCGUUGUAUCAGCGUUUAGGGCUGGGAUGGGGAAAUUCGGUGUUGGCAUUUAUCGGUCUGGCGUUAAUGCCAGUUCCUGUACUCUUCUUCCGAUAUGGGGAAACAAUCCGAAAGAGAUGGGAGAUCAAGAUGUGA